CAGCACAAAAAAAAGGCGCCCUUUUUCCUCCUCUCUCCUCUCUCCCGGCUGCCGUCGUCGUCGUCUUCCUCCAAUCCAAUCCAACCCCUUCGCCGCCGCUCUCUCCUCCUAUAAAUCCACCCCACUGUCUCGCGCAAACCCAAAUCCGAGCUCGCGGAAGACCUGCUACUUCUUCACGAGCGUAGGCGGCAGCGGAGCAGGGGGGCGAGAUGGUGGGGAAGAGCGCCGGCGGGGUGGCGGAGCAGGAGGGAGGGGCGACGGCGGCGGCGUUGCGGCGGUGGGUGGAGGCCGGCGGCGGGAGGCUGGUGAUGGACGGCGGGCUGGCGACGGAGCUGGAGGCCAACGGCGCCGACCUCAACGACCCGCUCUGGAGCGCCAAGUGCCUCCUCUCCUCCCCGCACCUCGUCCGCAAGGUCCAUUUAGACUACCUAGAAGCAGGUGCAAAUAUCAUAAUCACAGCAUCCUACCAGGCUACAAUUCAAGGCUUCGAGUCCAAGGGAUUCUCAAAAGAACAAAGUGAAGACUUACUCUCAAAGAGUGUUGAGAUUGCAUGUGAAGCGCGUGAGAUGUUUCUGAAGGAGCAUUCAGAUCGUCCCAUGCAACAUCCUAUCCUGGUUGCCGCUUCCAUAGGAAGUUAUGGGGCCUAUCUUGCUGAUGGCUCUGAAUACAGUGGGGAUUAUGGUGAAGCUGGCACACUAGAAUUUCUGAAAGAUUUUCAUAGGCGAAGGCUUGAGGUUCUCGCAGAAGCAGGUCCUGAUUUGAUCGCUUUUGAAACAAUCCCCAACAAAUUGGAAGCUCAGGCUUAUGUUGAGCUUCUCGAGGAAUGUAACAUUAGUAUCCCUUCAUGGUUCUCGUUUAAUUCAAAAGACGGAGUUCACAUUGUAAGUGGAGACUCGUUAAUUGAGUGUGCUACUAUUGCUAAUGGGUGUUCAAAGGUUGGUGCAGUUGGAAUAAAUUGCACACCUCCAAGAUUUAUCCAUGGCCUGAUACUCUCCAUUCGAAAGGUCACAGAUAAGCCAAUCCUGAUAUACCCCAAUAGCGGAGAAAGAUAUGAUGCUGAGAAAAAGGAGUGGGUGGAAUCAACUGGUGUGUCGGAUGGUGAUUUUGUUUCUUAUGUAAACGAAUGGUGCAAAGAUGGGGCUGUCCUUAUUGGGGGCUGCUGCAGGACAACCCCAAACACCAUCAGGGCCAUAAGUAGAUCUCUUAACCAACGCCACUCUGUGCCGCGUCCACCUGUGGCAUAAGGCCUGUACCCUCCUCCAGAUGUGCUGGUAUCUGAUGAAAUAUAUGAUAGAAGUUCUUACUAGCAGCAUUGUGUUCUCUGCUGCAAAUGAGAUGGCUCUGCACUUACGCUUGCGAAUAACUGCUUCGUUGGAGUUUCUUAAGUUGUUCUUUCUUGAGGUAGAAUCUCUCAGGAAGGAUUAGCAAGCAUCAGCAGUGAUAGUGAGCUGUUGUACUAAGUAAGUAUAAGAUAAGAAGUGAGUGAGAACAAUCUGCGGCAAAGUUGAUGAAGCUUUGUAAGCCAUCAAGAGUUGUGGAGACUUGACCCCGUUGUAAGAGCCUAUGUUGUGUACUACUAUACUAUUACUACCCUGUGAACUAUGUUCUGUUAUACUAUAAAGUUUUGUCUGAUUGUGGAGAGUUUGAUGCUGU